AUGAAGACCCUGACGAUCCUGCUCGCAGUUUGUGCAGCUGUUACGGCCAGGCCUGACAUCCUCGACGUUAAGACCACACCGAAGCCAUGCGUGACAAAGACCUCCAGAGUUGGAGCCUUGGAGAACAAAGUCGCUGCCAGCAGACCAAAUGAUCCCGGUGUUCCAGUUGAUACAGAAGUGCCUCCACAAGAAAAACCCAAAGUGCCCAACAUGGCUGACCUCAAAACAACGAUCCUCCUCGCAGUUUGUGCGGCUGUCACAGCCAGGCCUGACAUCCUCAAUAUUAAGACCACAUCGAAGCCAUGUGCGACAAAGGCAAAGACCUCCAGACUUGGAGACUUGGAGGACAAAAUGGCCGUAAACAGACUAGAUGAUCCCGGUGUUCCAGUUGAUCCAGAAGUGCCUCCAGAAGAAGAACCCAAAGUGCCGGACGUGGCUGACCUCAAAAUAACGAUCCUGCUCGCAGUUUGUGCAGCUGUUACGGCCAGGCCUGAUAUCCUCGACGUUAAGACGACUUCGAAGCCGUGCGUGACAAAGGCAAAGACCUACAGAGUUGGAAUAUUGGAGGACAAAGUUGGUGCAAGCAGACCAAAUGAGCCCGGUGUUCCAGUUGAUUCAGAAGUGCCUCCACAGGAAGAACCCAAAGUGCCAGACAUGGCUGACCUCAAAAAAACGAUCCUGCUCGCAGUUUGUGCAGCUGUUACAGCCAGGCCUGAUAUCCUCGACGUUAAGACCACAUCGAAGCCGUGCGUGACAAAGGCAAAGACCUCCAGAGUUGGAAUAUUGGAGGACAAAGUCGCUGCAAGCAGACCAAAUGAGCCCGGUGUUCCAGUUGAUCCAGAUUUGCCUCCACAAGGAAAACCCAAAGUACCAGACAUGGCUGACCUCAAAACAGGCAGUGUACCUCCCAUCCCUGUUGACUCUCAGACGUCCUCCCCAGUCCCCGUCUCCCAAACGCCACCCACCCCUAGGGACACUGCUACCACCAGUACGACUCACAUAGUCGACAGCCACAUACCUGCCUCACCCGAAUCCAUACUUCACGGCCACUUCCCAGCCAGUAACCCACCUCUCUUCCCAAGCAUUUCAUACCCAUGCAGUUCUGUCCAGAAUUCCCACUACCCCUUCUACACUGUACCUAACAAUGUUCCAAUCAGCACAAGAUACGUGUGUUUUCGGCUGGGUACAACGGUCCGCUGCUUACCUUCUAACGCUGGCGUCCCCUCCUUGUACUCUCCUCUUGUUGCUGCCAUGAAGAGUCCCCAAAAUGGUCUUCCAGUACUCAUGCCAGCUACUAGUGUGCCUGCUGUUGGCAUCUCACCGGACCACUUUCUCUUCCAAAUGACUGCAGCAGCAGGCAGCUCAGCACCAAACAAGAUCGACGUCGCUGGUAACCCAGUACCUGUUCCUGAAGCUACUUGCUGCUAG